CUGAGGAUUCACUGCAGGCGGAGCAGAAUGGAGCUGAGAGCCUGCCAGGCACCGCCAUGCAUCUCACGCCCCCUUAAUUAAACAAUAACUUUUUUUAGUAGUUGAGUAGGAGUAGUUACAUUUAGGAUCUUGCAGGAGCCGAAAUGCCUCCACAUUUUUUUUGUGCUUUUUGCUUGGCUUUGGUUCUUUUCCCGCUCAUGAGCACCUCUUGUCCUGUACAGUGCAGCUGCUUCUACCACAAACUGAGCGAUGGAUCCAAGGCAAGAAGUGUGCUUUGCAAUGAUCCCGAGAUCAGCGUCAUUCCCACGAACUUCCCCGCCGACACAUCCAAGCUACGCAUUGAGAAAACUACGAUCUCAAGGAUUUCUAGUGACAACUUCCGUUACCUCAGCAACAUGGAAUUCUUGUGGAUGUCUUUCAACUCCCUUAGUUUGCUCAGUGUGGACAGUUUCCGGGGUCUUACCAAUUUAGACGAGCUGAGGCUGGACGGCAAUUCCCUCACCUCGUUCCCGUGGGAGUCUCUGAGGGACAUGCCUAACCUGAGGCUGCUCGACCUGCACAACAACAAGAUCUCCAGCAUCCCUGCCGAGGCCACCAUGUACAUUAAGAACAUCACCUACUUGGAUUUAUCCAGCAACAGUCUCACAACUGUCCCUGCGGACGUCCUCUUGCUGUGGCUGAGCGUGAAACCAUCUCAAGAUGCAGACUCCUCUAAAUUCAUUCUUGGUGAGGCUUCUAGCUGCCAUAUUUACCUGUGGACACCAUCUGGGAGGAUUGGUCUAAUUAAACUAGUUGUGUGUGGUUAUAACGGCUUUCAUGCAACAAGGUUUUACACUUGCGUUUCAGGUCUCCACGACAACCCGUGGUUAUGCGACUGCCGGCUCUACGAUCUGGUCCAGUUUCAGAAGUCUCCAAGGUCAUCUGUGGCUCUAAUAGACCCCAGGUUGCGAUGUGCAGACCCUGAGAGUCUAUCUGGGGUUUUCUUCACCGAAGCUGCACUGCAGAGGUGCCUGGGCCCUCGAGUGCACACAGCCGUAGCACGCGUUCGUAGCUCAUUGGGCAACAAUGUGCUGCUUCGCUGUGGCACAGUCGGUGUACCCAUCCCCGAACUGUCCUGGACUCGCGCCGACGGCAAGAAAAUCAACGGCACUAUUCAGCAAGAGAUCUCAAAGGAGGGAAUCAUUUGGUCCAUUUUGAGCGUGCCUGCUGUCUCAUACCGGGAUUCGGGAAAGUAUGUGUGCAAAGCAGCUAACUUUGUGGGAACAGCAGACGCCAUCAUCUCACUGGUGAUUACUGACUCAUUUCGGUCUGAAGAAGCAGGGGGUGGCGGCGGUGCGGUCGCUAAGAGAACCAGAGGGAAAAAACCUGGCGGUGUUGGGAGGGCUGCGUACCAGGAGAAACUGAUUGCCAGGUAUGUCCCUCCCCCAACAUUCUCACCAGGCAAGCCCAUCAUUCGACCCAUCAAUGGCAAAGGUGUCUCUGGGAAGUUUGAGGUAGAGAGCUACAGCGUUUCUGAUGGCUCUCGAGGACAAGGCAAAGCAUCACAAUCUCAGAAGAUGGAGCAGGGCUCCCUGGGUAACAUGAUAGCCAACGCCUCGUCCUUACAAGCUCCUGAGAAAAGGGUUGUGCGUUCUGUGAAGGUGAUAGGGGAUACCGACCACACCGUCUCGUUGAACUGGAGAGCCCCAACAGCGACAAACACUACAGAGUUCAGCAUCCUGUACGCCGUGUUCGGCGAAAGGGACAUGCGCCGGAUCAACGUAGCUGCAGGCAAAAACCGUAUCACCAUUGACGGUCUGGUGCCAAAAACAAAGUACAUUGCUUGCGUUUGCGUCAAAGGCCUGAUCCCGAAAAAGGAACAGUGUGUAAUCUUCUCAACGGAUGAGGCGGCCAGUGCGAGCGGCACCCAAAAGCUCAUCAAUGUGGUUGUUAUAACAGUGGCCUGCGUCAUUGCCGUGCCCCUCACUCUCAUUGUGUGCUGCGGCGCAAUCAAAAAGCGCUGCCAAAAACUCCUGGGCAGGGAAUCCAAGGAAAUACAAGACUCAUAUGUCACAUUUGAGACUCUGGGACCUGGGGCUAAAGGUAAAGGAAUGGAAGGCGAGUAUCUGGCCCGGCUAAACCCUGAUGAGUCCAAUCGGCUGCUCUCUGCCAGGUCUAGUGUUGACUCGGAGGCCAUAACCAGGACUGAGGGGCCACCGAACGAGUACUUCUGCUAGAACCCGAUGUUUGCCUGAAUCUUCUGGAUGAUGCACUUUGAAAAUUUUAGUAGUGAAGACUGAUCCUUUGUUGAGGAUCGGAUGAAAUAAAAGCCUUGUGGAAAAAAAUAAAUGGCAUAUUGGUCAGCAAAAAAUGGAAUCUCUACACAGUGAAAGGGUUAUUUACAAGGUGUUUUGAUAUAUCACAUUGCACGUUGCAACUAUAACAAGUUACAACCCAUAUGUUAUCGACCAUGUAACUUCCACACUAUGUAAAACCCCUCACAUGAAGAUAUUUUAUUUAAAAAGACCAGCAACUAUCAGUCUAUUUUGUUUGUCGUUAUGAUGUGCCAGGUUUACCGUCCACUCAACUUACAACUCAUGCGUUUUCUAAUAUGUACUGUAAAUACGUUGUCAACUGAUGCAACUAUAAACUAUGCGUUGUAAAUAAAUGUUUUUUAAUUUACUUGA